GCAUAACUUUUAUAUCAAUGGGCCAAUAACGUUGUCUCAUUAUUUGCUCCUCUCUCAUAACAGAUAACAAUGAGGAAAGUAACCUACACAAUUAUCGCCUUCCUAUUGCCAUGUGCAGUUACCAUUAAUAUUUAUAUAUUGGCAUCGAAAAGGCAUCAAGCAAGACUCGAACACUCCAAAGAUAUCCGAUACACCCGGAAGGAAUACAGCAAAACGGAAGAAGGAGAGCAGGAACCACUAGGCCGUGGAAGUAAUGCAGUGGUUCGAAACUCAGACGUGUCGAACCGCAAAACGUCAUUGUUCGGCAGUAUUAAUCCUGAUAUCAUCAGUAUGGCGCCAGAGGUCUUUAAAACUGUUCCUCGCCAGUUUCUGCCAGACUUCAAGAACCCGUGUUGGCGCGACGAACAAAAUAAACUAUUCUGCUUACCAUAUUUCUACGUUAUUGGACUGCACAAAUGCGGAACGACUGACCUGUGGUCUAAACUCAUCCGACACCCGGACGUUGUGGACACAGUCCGCAAGGAACCACAUUGGUGGGGUAAACGGAGACACGGUUCCAUGGAUUAUACUCUGAUACCACCACACAAGAAAGAAGCUCGUCUGGUACGCGGUAUGUUAACAGAUGGUAAGGAUGAUUCUUCUUUCGAUUGGUAUCUCACCUGGUUCAAGAUGUUUGGAGUUGAUUCGGUGGAGUCGAAUCCCUCACGGAAGGUUUUCGGCGAUGCUUCGAUCAGCACUGCUUUCAGCGUGGGUAAAUCCUGGGGCUCUGAACAUAGGAACUAUACCAAUGCUGAUCUAAUCCACGCAAUCCAACCACAUGCUAAGAUAAUUCUUCUCACUAGAAACCCAACAGGAAGAUUCUUCUCCCAAUUCUUCUACAAAUCUGCGAAAAAACCUAAAACUCUGGCAGACUUACACAAGCAGGCUACGCUUCAAGUCAAAUGUUUCACGGCGUGUCUUCGAAGAUAUUCAGAACGACACUGCACUUUCACGAUGCCAUGUGGCACAGCUAUGUCAACCAUUCACCUAGCAAUAGCCGAAGAGUGGAUGAGAGUGUUUGGUCGUGAGGGAGUGUAUGUUCUUAGAUUAGAGGAUUGGCAUAAAGAUAUGGCGGGCGAAUUUAAGAGGGUUCUACGAUUCUUAGAACUUCCUGCUCUCACUGAAGAAGAUAUCUCGCAGAUCACGAGACAAGAGUCUGCGAACGUGAAUGUUCGAACGGCCCACCUCACCAUGUGGAACAAAACCCGCGAUAUCCUACAAAACUUCUUCAAGCCUUUUAAUCGAAGAAUGGCCAAACUUAUGGAUGAUGACAGGUUUCUCCAGUACAACGAAUUAUGAAAGAGCGUGUGUUGUUUAUUAAAAGGAAUAAUCUGGGCUGAAGAAUUUUAUAUCUAAAUAAAUAGAGUAAAAUUCACAGAGUAAAAUGCUGAAAAUUUCAUUAAAAUCGGAUAACAAAUAAUGAAGUUAUUGAAUUUUAAAGAUUUGCAUUAUUCCGGUGAAACAGUUCUAGGCAUGUCUAUAUGAAUAUCCAUUAGGUUGGCUGAUGGUGUCACAUCCUCACUCUCUAUGUUAUUACAUGAAAUCAUAAUUGUUUCAUUUUUUCAUAAAUGUGUAACAUCUAUGAUGUGUCUUCAUUAUGAUGAAAUAAGUUGCAGCAAAAAAUAACCAAUGCACAUAAUCAGUUGUCAAUUUAAUUGUUUUAGUUUUUGGUAGAAAUUUUUUGAAUAAACCUAAUUUCAUAUAAUAAAAUGCAAAUGAACGAGUGGGGAUAUGACAUCAUGUAGACUUGCCUAGAACUGUUUCACAGGAUUAAUGCAAAUCUUUAAGAUUCAAUAACUUUGUUAUUUGUAAUCCGAUUUUGAUCAAAUUUUCAGUAUUUUGCUUUGUGAAUCUUUAAGUUACUCUAUUUAUGUUUAUUGAGAUAUAAUUAUGUUCAGCCCGGAGCAUCCCUUUAACUGCAAAAGUUUAAUCAAAGGGUCCGUAGCCAACAUGUUUAGUUUUGAGUAAAACCAUCGGUAUUUUGCUUCUUGGUAUCUGAUCAAAUCCGCCAUGAUACUACAGUCACACCAACUGGCGUACAGAUGGUGGUGGGGGCCAACCACCACCCCCCAAAAAAAAUGUGAAGAAAAAGAACCGGGAAAAGGGGGAAAUAUGAUAUUUUCUAAAUAUAAUUGUAAAAAUCUUAUGAAAAAAUUAGCUUGACCUAUUAACAAUUCAGAAUAUUUCCAACACUUUCAAAAUAGGGAGAAAAGGAAAGAAAAGGAGAGGGCAAAGUGUACAAUAGGAUAUCAUUUUCUAAAUAAUUAUAUUGUCAAAAUCUAUAUCUCAAAAUAAGCUUUUCGUAUUAAAAAAGGUUAAACGUUUUUGCCGGCUCGCUCGUGCGCAUUUUUUUUUCUUCAAAAUUUUGUGCCGUAUAAUAUAAUUUUUGGCUAAUUACGUUACUGGUCACUCAAAGGAAAGCAAUACCAGGGCAUGUAUACACAAAGAUUAGCGAUGAAUCAUAAUUUAUGAAGGAAUACUUCCGGUUGGUUCCUGCAUGGUCUGUAUUUUAAACCAAAUGCGCAUGUAACAUUAAUCUUAGUUGGUCAGUCCAUUUAGCGAUUGAUCGUUAAUCUUUGUGUUAUGGGAUCCAGAUCGACUUGGUUAUAUAACGUAAUAGCUUCUUGUUGGUAUUUUUAAAUACCAACAAUAAGCUAUGCCCAUCCCUUCUUUGUGUAGGCCUUAAGAGGCCAUACAAAGAAGAGAUGGGCACAUUUUCAUUCAACUUCAUAGCGAGGUCAAUUCAGGAUUUUCGGAAUCUCAAAACUAUCAUUUAAAAGAAGGCUAUGAUUCUGCCAAUGAAAAUAUAAGACUUUAUUUUGAUGUAAUUUCAUGUCAUAAAAAUAUGUGAUAGAAUUUCACAUUACGGCCUUGCUCGUCCCCUCUCUUCCUUUUGAGAGUCAUGAUAAAGUGAUUUAGGUUGCUAUAUUAUGUAGACUUUGCUAAGAUAAUUAUAAUUUGUGUAAGGGUAAAAGUGAGAUAAGUGCAAUAGAUAUAUUUAUAUGAAAUUUAUUAGUAGAUGCUGAGUGAUUAUUGAAUUUAAUGAGUUAUUGUAUGUAAUGCCAUGAUAUUGAAAAAAAAUACAAUAAACUAGAUGAGAUUAACCUGGAUAGAAUGGUGUAGCCGCUGAUCAGAACCCAAGCAGCACCAAAGGACCAUUAUCAGCAAGUACUAAAAUUAUACCGUAAUGCUUUGAACGUUAUUGUCAUACCAGAUUUGUAAAACAUUGCUCUGUAUUUGAUUAAUAUGAUCAAAAACUUUGAUUAUGUAUACGUAAUAUGUAUGAGUUUUAUACAGCCAUUAAAGACUUUUUUUUAAUCGAUC